GCUGCGAAACCAAAUCACAUUCGGUGCUCCUUUCUCCACCCCAGCCAUGGUGAACGUUCCAAAAACCAAGAAGACUUACUGCAAGUCGAAGGAGUGCAAGAAGCACACCUUGCACAAGGUCACUCAGUACAAGAAGGGGAAGGAUAGCUUAGCUGCUCAGGGUAAGCGUCGUUAUGACCGUAAGCAGUCGGGUUAUGGUGGACAGACCAAGCCUGUCUUCCACAAGAAGGCUAAAACUACUAAGAAGAUUGUGCUGAGGUUGCAAUGCCAGGGUUGCAAACAUGUUUCCCAGCACCCAAUCAAGAGAUGCAAGCACUUUGAAAUCGGUGGAGAUAAGAAGGGCAAGGGAACAUCGCUAUUCUAAUUUUAUUGUUUUUACUGCCUUGUUUUAUUGUGAUUUUGGUCUUGACAAUUUGCUUAGCUGCUCCAAGCUAAAGUUUAGAUUAAAUAUGAGACAUGAUUCUGAGUUUUGUAUUUCUACAAAUGAAUUAUGUUUUUUUCACAAUGCAACAAAUGGAUUAAGUUUUUACUGCUUA